CAACACCAGGAAUCCAGGACCCAAUAGAUUUUACCUUUUUUAUAUGUGCCAGAUGGCGCUGAUUGUCUGAGUUGCUGUUUAGCUCAUUCUUUUCACCUCUCCUGUCAAUCCGUCGUUUCGUUGUGAUAAUUGACAGGAAUCUGAGUUCCUACUUUUAUGAUUGAUUUGUGUUUUAAUGAGGAAAUCCCUUGUUGUGGGAUGAUUGCCUAAGACUGUUGGCUUCAUCUGUUGUGCAUGUUGAUGUAAAGCGUUGGUGUUGAUAUCCAGCCUUUCUUGAUUAUUUUCAUUGACACUUGCAUGUGGCAGGAUUGUUUGAUUUGCUCGGCCACACUUGGUGGCACAUUGUGUGAUUACGCACCUAAGCCUGUUGCAUCACAGGAUUAGUGAUAGUCGUGAUAUUUACGAAAAUAUAUUUUCGGUCAAUCAAAUCAGAGUGUCCGUCUAGUACAGUCCACUCGCCCCGAUCCGAGCUAUCAGUUUAAAUUGUUGAUUAUGACGUCCAGACAAGAAAGAAGACGCAGGCGUGAUUAUGUUGAAUAUUUAAAUCAGCUGUACGAUUCCAACCUUGAAUCAUCAGAUGGCGACGACGAGGCUGUAGAAUCUGUGGCUGUGGAGUUGCAAUCAGCAGAAAGCGUUGAAAUAGCUGAAAUUGAUUCGACUGUUGAUGCUGUUGAGUCUGACAUUUGCAUAUCAAGUGAAGAGGAUCCUGAAGAUUCAUCCAGUGUUUCUUCCUUGGAAGACAGUAGUGAAACUGCCAGUGUUGACGACGAUAGAUGUCCUGAGACUGUUGAUGGUGUUCCCGUAUGUGAUGACCAACAUCCCCUUGCAGCCGAUUUAAGAGGCUGGAAAACCAAAUUCCAUGUCCCACAUCUCCAAGUCGGAGAGUUGCUAGGUAUUCUUAGAAAACACCACCCAGAAUUGCCCAAGUCUGCGAAAACGUUGAUGGGUACUCCGCGACUAAAAGUAGUAACUAGAUCCGUCAAUCCUGGUAUAUACUACCAUUUCGGAAUCGAAAAAGGUUGUUGUCUACCUUGACUUCCCUGGGAAUCUUAAUUCUUGAUGACCCUGUUGGAAUUUUUAUUGGUAUUGACGGCGUUCCUUUAACGAAAAGUUCAGGGAGCACGUUUUGGGUAAUCGUGGGCUAUUUACCUUUUGUAAAGGACUCGGA